GCAGGAGGUGGGAGUCCAAGGCCGGUUUUAGUCGGGGUCGGCGGUGGUCUUGCUUAACGGCCGGGCCGCGCGGCUCGCAUCCGCCUAGACCGCCCGACAGGCCGCUGAGGCCGGCGGUUCUAGCGCGGAGCCGCUGUGGUCCUGCUGGGAGGGCGCGUGCGCGGGGUGUUCGUGGCCACUGUGCUCGCCCGUCCUGCAGUGUGCAAGCGGCCUUUGUGACUUUUGUCCCAAAGGAAAAGAGUUUCUGCUGCUGGGAGUGGCCCAGACUCCGCCGCGUUACUCGCAGCCUCAGGGACCCGGCCGGUGAGCGUUCUGGAAAGUUGGUUCAGCGGGGCCUGUGUUUCCUUUCGGUGGGCAAGAGGCAGUUUUAUCUGAGAAUGUGGCUUUGUCUGCGCUCGUCUUUUCUUCGGGACACACUGUCUUAGGCAGGUGAUAUGCUUUCUCGGAUGUGUGUAGUGUGCAUGUUUCAGUACCUAGUUAUACACACGUGCUCCACUGGUCUUUGUACUAGAGAAACAGUUUUCACGUCGCUUUUCCUGAGACCCUCCUGAGCCUGUCCAUUCCCACCAAGUUGCAAGCCAGGGACUUCGGGAGAAAAGAAUGGAGGCGUGAAUACUCCAUUUUCAGAAUAACUGGAUUUCCCAUUAACAGGGCAUUUGGACUGUUUUCCAUUUAGUGGAAAGACAUUUUUCUUUCAUAACAUCUUAAACCUGAAGGAAAUGUAAGCAACUACUGCUAUGAAAUGUGCGUUCAGAUUCUUAAGUUGCACUGAAGUGAUCUUGGCAUCAGAUUUCGCAUCAGGCAGAUUUCACCAUCAGUGUCCCAGGAUGGCAGCCAUUGAUUUGACCCGUGAUCUUUCUAGAGAUCAUUUUCCCCUUCAUGAGGAAAACACAGAGGCAGAAAGGAUGGUGGCUGUCUGGCUGAAAAAUUAUCAUCAGAUUUCAGUGACCUUUGACGACGUGGCAUUGGACUUCACCCAGGAGGAGUGGAUAUUACUGGACCUCUCUCAGAGAAACCUAUACAGAAACGUGAUGCUAGAGAACUACCAGAACCUGGUCACAGUAGAAUAUCAACUGUCGAAACCUAAGCUGAUCGCUUGGUUGGAACAACAAGAGCUAAGGGCAGUGGAGCAGGGUAUUUUGCAAGAAUGGGAGACAGGACUUCAGACUAAAGGGUCAGAAUCUCACCAGGAUUUUUUUGGAGGAAAAACAACCAGUGAAAUACAAAAAGAGAGGACCCACCAUGGAGUAGAACUCUCUGACUGUCAGCAAAGUGGGAAAGACUUGAGGAAGCACUUCAACCUGAAGACACACGUGAGAACUCAAAAUAGAGAGAACGCUUUUGAGUGUAACCCGUAUCACAAUGGCUUCCUUACUCCGCAAAAGAAAAACUCUACUAGAGAGAAGCUUUCUGAGUUGAAUCGGUGUGGUGAAAUCUUGCGCCUGACUCCACCUAUCAUGUAUGAGAGAACCAGCCUGGCAGGGAAGUCUUUGGAAUGCAGUGACUGUGGGAAAACAUUCAUUAAUCAUUCCCGUUUUCAGGCGCACAUGAGGAUUCACGCUGGAGGAGAUUUUGAUGAAUGCAAGCCGUUUAUAAGGGCUUCAGUCUUCUCAGCAGGCCAUACUGAGCAUGUGCAGACACACACUCAAGAACCCCAUGAAUGUAAACAAUGUGGGAAAUCUUAUGCAGAUUCCAAGUGCCUCAAUAAUCACAUCAUUCGACUUCACACUGGAAUAAAACCCUUUGAAUGUAGUGAAUGUAGGAAAGCCUUCGCUACAUCCUCCCGUCUUUAUGUGCAUUUGAGACUUCACACCGGAGAGAAACCCUAUCGAUGUAAAGAAUGUGGGAAACACUUCCAGUGGCCCUCGCUCCUUCGUAAACACGUUCGAACUCACAGUGGUGAGAAGCCCUAUAAAUGUAAGGAAUGUGGAAAAGCCGUCAGUCGUUCAUCAGUUCUUAAUGAACAUUUGAGAAUUCACACUGGAGAGAAGCCGUAUAAAUGUAAGGAAUGUGGGAAACGUUUCGCUUGGCUCUCGGUCCUUCGUAAACAUGUUCAAACUCACAGUGGUGAGAAGCCCUAUAAAUGUAAGGAAUGCGGGAAAGCCCUCAGUAGUUCCUCAAUUCUUAAUGAACAUUUGAGAAUUCACACUGGAGAGAAGCCGUAUAAAUGUCAGCAAUGUGGGAAAGCCUUCACUAAUUCCUCACGACUUAGUGUACAUUUGAGAACUCACACUGGAGAGAAACCCUAUCAAUGUAAGGAAUGUGGGAAAGCUUUCGUUUGGCCCUCAGUCCUUAAAAAACAUUUACGAACUCACGGUGGAGAGAAGCCCUAUGAAUGUGGUGAAUGUGAGAAAGCCCUUGGUAGUUCCUCGUAUCUUCAUGAACACUUGAGACCUCACACUGGAGACAGACCCUUUCAAUGUGGUGAAUGUGGGGAAGCCUUUAGGACUUUCUCCUAUUUUCAUAGCCAUUUGAGAAAUCACUCUAGAGAGUAACCCUGUGAAUGUAAGCACUGUGGGCAAGCUUUCACUGCUGCUUUCAUCUGGAUUCAACACUUAAGAAUCCACACUGGAGAGAAGCCCUGUUGAUGUAAGGAAUGUGGGAAAGACCUCACUUGGUCCUCCAGCCUUCACAAGCGUAUACAGACUCACAGUAGAGGGAAGCCCUGUGAGUGUACGGGAUGUGAGAAAGCCUACACCACUUCCACAACUGCAAAUACACGUUUGAAGUCCCACUGGAGAGAAGCCCUUUGAGGGCACACACGGAGGGGAGGCGUUCACCGUUUGCUCAAGCCGAACUCCAUGCGUAAAAACUGAUACCGCAGAGCAACCCCUUAGACAUAAAGGAGUGCGAGAAAGCCUUCACGUCAUGGUCACAACGUAACACCUAAAAAAUGCACCAUAGAUUAUGUACAGAAUAAUUGUGACCAAAUUUGUUACCCAGUUGAUUUCAAAAACAUGACCACCACACUGGGGGAAAACUGUAUGAAUAUGAGGAAUGUGGAAAAGUCUCUAGGUGUCCCACUGAAUACAUGAAAAAACUCACUAAUUAGAUGCCCCGUGAAGGUAAGCAAUGUGGGAAGGCAACCAGUCUCCUACAGAGCACGCUGGAGGAACACAGUGAAGUGGUUAAAUGUAAGAGACGUGGAACUCAGCUUAUAGGAUGGGUUUAUAUAUCUGUUAUGAACAUGUGCCACUCUGCCCUGACCAUUUUGGGGAAGGGUCUGGCUUCCUGCCCCUGAGAGUUUGCUGGUCUAGUUUCUACACCUUGGUUGCAGCCUGGUCCCAAGUGAGACUACCACCGUUAGACUUAAUGCUGUUCAAGCCACCUGGGUUGUCUGGUCGCGUGGACCUUGUCUAAUACUGUGAAGACGAUGAACAUUUGAAGUAGUUAGUUCACUGCUCAGAGAGUCCACCGAUGGUGCCUCAUGGAGGUGAAGGUGUGGGGGUGGUAUAUGUCUCUAAAUUUCCUGAAAAUGCUCUUGGUUCUGUCUCACACCUGAUCUUUCUGGGUCAGAAAAGACUUUAGAAAUGGUGAGGGUUAUACACCCAGAUUUCAUAGCUCUGCAAAGAGAGCUACACACCCAGUACUGGGUUAGAAAAUACUUUCAAUCUCAGUGUGCGGAGAGAUUGGGAACAGAGCUCCUAGGUCACCACAACCCGGAAGAAACCAAUUAUGUUGUUUGCCUGUGUUUAGAAAUAGCUGCAGCUGGCACGUGACUUGCUGGUUAGUUUCUCAUCCUUUCAUAUGUGGGAGAUAGAGAACCUUGUGAAUAUGGCAAGUCCUGAUAAUCUGAAGUACUUGCUGCCACCACUGGCAGUUCUUCAAAUUGACCUUUGGAUAGAGACGCAGAAUCUACCAGAACCUUGUUUCCGUACUGAGUUGACACAUUCAUACACUCGUGACCCUUGAGCAGCCUUUAGUUUUGUUGUGGGUGGCCUUGGAGGCCACAGCAGCUUAAUGUCAUGUUCGUUUGGGUUUAAACCAGUGGAGUACACGCCGAGUCAAAUGUAGUGAUGAUCCUGAUCAGAAGUGACCUGGGCACAUUUGUCUUAGGUUUAUGUUUGGAGGAGGUUGGGAUAUGAAGUGAUUCUCUUGGGUGUAGGUGGGGGUGUAGGCUUCACUGCUUCGUGUGGGUUGCAGUGUAGAAUACGCUGGCCUUCGGUGGCAUCAUUGGAUUAUUGCAAAGCCUACCUGUCCUCAUUCCAACGAUCUGAUACCCUCAUCAGUAACAUCUGUGUUUGUCAAUAACCACGCUUGCCGACUUUUUGUCUCAUUAGAUCCUCUUUUCGUAGUCUGAUUGUCUCUUCCUUAAUAAGAAUGUCUUCUAGAUGGGGAAAUGUAAAGCACUUUCCACCUGGUGGGUCUCACUGCUGUGACCUCCUUUUACUAUGGGAGAAGCCUGGCAGUGUAGUUCAGUUCUGCUGGAACCAUUCUUCCCAGAGAAGCUUGGUUGCCUCCGUGGUGUACACUGUGGUACCCCCCAUGCUGGACCCCUUCAUCUACAGCCUGAGGAAAAGGAUGUGAUGGGGGCCCUGGGAAGUCUUCACCUAAGAGAGAUGGGCCCUGAUGGGCCACUGGUCUCAGAACCGAGAGGAUAUUGUGGGCCCCAAAUGCAAAUGUUGUGGAUUUAAAUCUUGUGGUUAUUUUUCUCUUGUAAUAGAAACUUCAUUUCCUUUGUUCCCAGAGCACCCAUGACGUGCUUGUAUUUGUCUUUGUCUUUGUUUCUCAACAACCUCUUUAGUAGUUCCUUUGUUACCUUUCUUCCCUAAUUACAGUUCCAAAAUUCUUUGGUCAGAUUUCCUGUAGCCAUUCCUGACAUGGCCAACAUUAGAUGUGAAACACUUCCAUCAAGUGCUGGCCUGCUUUCCUCAACUGCCCUCUCAAAUGUUGAUACUCUUCAAGUGCAUUUAUUUGGGUGCAUUAUUCACAUGAAGAAGGGGCAUGAAAAGGCUACUGCAGUUGUAAUUAAAGUCCUUGCCAUGUCAAAACUGUUCAUCCUGUUUUACAUGUAUAAUUUCAUGCAAUUAUGAUGUUUCUUACAGAGAUGUUCUCAUUUACCCCAUUUCCCACAAAUAGCUUGUGAUUGCAAUGGAUUCUACCAUAGAAACAAGGGAUGUGAUUUUCAACUUCCAGUGUAGGAAUGUGAUUUGAGUGGUAGUUUGCUUAGGAGUUUCUAUGUAGUAUGUUGCAUAGAAGUCUGAGAUACUGCCUCAUUCUUUGCCUUCUGUCGUCCUCCUAUCAAUCCCUCUUUUCUUAUCCAUGUUUAAUUGCACCUUUAUUUUCCAUCAUUGCUACCUUAAGAUAUGCCCCAGGACCUCAGGUGGAAACUCCUUUUCUCAUUGCAUGAUUGGCAGCUGGUGGAGGGAAAGAAGAAUGAAAAAUGAGUGUUUGAUGGGUAGAGUUUCCCUUUGGGAAUAUGAAACCAUCUGGAAACAGCGGUAAUGGUUGCACAAAACAAAAACAGAAAAAAAA